AUGAAGUUCUCCCUCGUAGCCAUUCUCUUCGCCGCGGUCGCCGCCGUGAACGCCAAGAGCCGCCCCGACAUCCCCAAAUGUGUCCGUCCCUGUCUCGAGGAAUAUGUCAAGAAGUCCAAGAUCCACUGCCCGUACGAUGACAUUGCCUGCAUCUGCAAGCACGCGCUCGAGGACGAGGCAUUCUACGAGGCCGGCCUUACUUGUAUCUUCGAGAAGUGUGGUACCGAUGAUGCCCUCAGUGCGUUUCCUCCCCUUCCACUGAUCCUCUCCCUUGAAGAAUGCGAAGAAAACUAA